AUCCCAUUUCUAACAUCUUUUCCGCUCGAACCUCCAAUCUCGACCAUGAUGAUGUCGAGUGACAGUUUAGAGCAGCAGCUCAGUGACAGCUUCGAGCAGUGCACUGACAGGAAGACGUCCUUGUCAUCUGCAUUGGAUUCUAAAUCAGUGACGGCAAAGCCAAAGGUUUCAUCAUCCGGGUUGAAAAUGACACCGCCAAUCAAAUCGAAAAGUUGGACUGCCCCAGCCGUUGCGAUUGGCAUUGCGUUACUCUUGUUUGGACGGAGUUCUCCCCUCUUCAGCGUAUCUUCCCUGCAAAAGGAGCUGAUACGAGACAUUGUGAAAGAAAAGACAGUGGCCGAUGAAGACGUGUCUUUCACAAGAGAAAACAUUCAGAGAAAUGUCGCGGCCAAUGCUACUUCUACCGGCUCUUCAAGUACUUCUAGUACUUCUAGUACAACUAGUGUUGAUACUGCCACGUCAACGAAAGUUGACGGUUCGUCAUCAGAAAAGGAAUCAGUAGAACAAAGUCCAACAGAGAACGAACCUUCAAAAGUGGCACAUGAGAAUGGAGCAAGCUCUGCAGAGGGCAAGACAAUAGAAAACGGAGACAGACAAUCCAUAGCCCAAAAUUUAUCAUUGGAUCUUGUGACCAGCCAAGGCAUGAUGUCGCGGCUGACCAUAGCACGUGCCAGCGUCAAGGAAAAAUUGCAGAAACUCUACGGCGAAAAGUAUUACCAAGAGCUAUUUGAACCAUUCGUCAAGAGUGCUAAUGGGACUCUUGCCGUGGGCAUUGGUGAUCACUAUCUCUACAAGAGUCCUGGUCAACUCGGUCGGCUCUUCAAACUCAAUGACAAAAACGACAAUCCUCUGUCGCCGCACAUUCCACCCAACUCAACCAGCACUGGCUGGAAUCGAAUGGUACGAGCCUUGCAAAUCAAACUGUUGCAAGUCCAAGUAGGGAUCCUACAAAAACAAUUAGAUGGCUCCGCGAUGGUCAUGCCCAAAUAUGUCUGGAUGACCAGUGGAGAUGCUGCUGCAUCCGGAAUGGGAAACUUUCGACAUCAGACGUACACGGCUGUCCUAGAAGAUACUGUCAAGGACGCCUUUGGUCAUGUGGGGAUACAAUUCUCGGCACACAACUACGGGCACAAACUAUUGACAGCAGCACCCGAACCAGCCUUGUGCGCCGAGUCCAUUUAUGGGACGGACUACGAUAUUAUGGAAUGGAAUUAUCGCGAUCGGGGAUCCAAAGAUGCCUGGAAACUGGGAUUGCAUGUCUACCGGACCGCCGUUAUGACGGGCAGUGCCUUUUUGCCCGCAUUCAAGGGCGGUAGGAACAAAAUGGGCAAAACCAAGGAACAUCGGAAUGUAGUCUCCAUCAUGGAAAAGGCAGGUCUAGCCGUAUUGGUGCCGGAUCCAGACGUUCAAGAUCGUCUCUUUGCGGCGCUUCCCGACUCGUUACAAUUUCGAUCCAAAAAGGAACUGGAGACCGCGUUAACGCCCAAUCUACAAAAGAUCAAGUGCGGUGGAGAGCUCGAAGAUGGAGGCCCCACCAAGUUUCCAGAUGGAUCCAAAAUUGGAGGUGCUUUGUGCCGGUAUGAUAGAUUUGACAGUAGCACUUGUCCCAAACGAAAUGGGGCCUUUUGGAAUCCAGCGUGGCGGUCGUUGGCUCUUCAAGGGUACACCUACGCGAUGUUGAUGCUCGAGCUACUGUCAGAUGCGAUAGAAGGACUCAGCAAAGCCGAGAAGGGGGAGAUCGAUACGCAAUCCACAAAGAGAUUAGAAGAACUGAAAAGCAGCAAACAGCAACAAUUGACAGAACUCACAGCAGCGCAAACUUCAGACCAGGAGAACCUACGAUCGUCCGGUCUUGUUGGCCUCGACAAAUGGAUAGCGGAACAAAACAAAAUGGUGGAUGUAAGGAAAGACAUUAACCUUACGGCUCUAUUCCGAUCACCCGCUUUGUGUCAUACGGGGCUUUUGCCUGCGGAGAUUCGUUAUCGAGGGAUCUUGACGGAAUCCAACGGAACGGCACAGCCUGGCACGGGCAAGGCAUAUGAAAGAGGAAUCAUCAGCAAUCAUAUAAGCCGCGUGGAAAAGAAUGGUCAAGCUUACGACGACAAGGACCCGAAAUCAAUCAAACAGGAAAUCAUGCUCGUGACAGAUGGCUUGGCCCAAGAGAAAUGUAACGUUCCCACAGUCGCGCAGGUUGUGAGGCUGGAUAAUUUCUAUGUUAGCAAUGUUGGCGGCCCUCAAUCAUUGGCCCUUCCAAACGAUAUGGAACGGCGGUACUUUGAUGUUGCCAAAAGCCAUGGUUGGAUUAUCGUAUGCCUCAGAACACCCGAGAAGAAGACCAAGGACUUGCACCUACAAAUCCUGAAGAACAAGUCUCAAAGCAAAGCCCAGAUCGAAAUAACCGUGAACGGUGUUACUGUCAAUGGCUACGUCAGCCCACUGGUGGAAUCAGAGACUUGUCGCAUGUUGCAGCACGAGGAUUCCGACCCCGCAAAACGGUUCACUUGGACCCCCAACACGGAUGGGAAGUUUGAGAUCCAGAUCCAAGUGCACGAUAAGAAACUGUGGUCUUUUCUGGAGAUUUCAUCUUUCAUCCUCAUGUAAGGUGUUCGUUACUGGUGUCAUCGAAAUGAACCACACUGUCCAAAGGCUACAUACGAGUUGAAUAUGCUUGUCGAUGCGCAUGAAGGACCACGGGCUCGUCCACUCGCCAACUUCUGCACGUCUCUUUGCACCCGCAAUAAGUGGGGCGCAAACACUCGAAUCAGGGUACAGAGAAUGUUACGGGGGAGCAACUGCUCGAUUUGACGGGAUCAUCACCAGUCGUUGGGCCUUUGCUCAUCAUUCUGCGUCACUCCUUGGUUCCUGUGGUUGGCCCCAAAGCUCGCUAUUGGAACGUGCGAGGAUCUACCGCGUUUACCUGGUACUGUCGUGCACGAACUGAUCGCCUCGCCGUUACCACCGAGUUGUUGGGGUGUCGGGAUAUCGUGACAAUGAUCGUCGACAGUCAACAAACGUGGGAUAGCGACCACUAGCUACGGUACGGUACAAACAUCAGCCAUACCCAUGUCCAUGGUGCCCUCUCCUCACGCCGGCAGGUACGAAAUCGACGAAGCGGCCGUGCCGUCUGUUUCUGCGGGUAUUGUUAAGGCUGGACUGAAGCAGACGAGCCAAGCAAACGACGAAGCGGCCGAGAGGCUAAAGGUCCUGUUGUGAGUAGCCUGAUGACACCUAGCUAGCCAGCACUCCGUACGUGGCGAGGAUCUGAAAGUGCUGGUCAUGACAGCAAGACUCCCGUGCAUAGCGUGCAUAGAGUCUCGUUGCUCCACAUCGUCUAUAGCCGUGAACGAAAUCAGCAAGAUGCUUUCGAUUGAAUUUCUCCGUUCUCUUCCCAACAUGUAGACUACACAGCAAUGCAACUUGGAGCAACGUUCAUGCUGCGCAGUCCUGACUGGGUAGCGCAACCGUAGAUAAUUUAAUCUAUGAGCCCACGUACUGGUACUACUAGUAGGGCCCUCCUACAGUGACCGAAGGUGGGUGUGCAGUGCGGCCCACCCCAGCCACAGCCGCAGACGAGAUGCCUAUCUGGCCAGUGGUAGUAGCCAGCACAGUCAUGUCAACUUCCAGCCAGCCAGUGCGAGGUACCGUACGAUUGUCCCAGUAGUUUGCUUGUCAGGGCAGUGUCCAACGCUGGGGCGAUGUUUGUUAGCCAGCAAGGCAGCAGAGGUGGGUGCAGCGCACUUCAACAUACGCUGUAGCUGGCUAGCCAGCAUCAACGAGCCAUGGUGCCGGUACCGACAGCCUUGCACUUGUGUGAACCAAAUGGGAACACCCUAGCUAGUAGGCGUGGGUGGGCCAUUGCUGCUAGCAAGCAAGCUGGAACCAAUCCCAUGGAACAAACCAAUCCCAUCGCAUCUCUAACUUAGCACUAAUGAUAGCUGGUCUAGCUAGUUGUGAAGUACAGAAGUAUGUUCUAAUUGGUUGUUAUUUUGGUAUAGUACAAUGUACAAUGUGUAUAGUUAUAAGCAGGUGAGGUAUGUUCAGAGGAAAGGUAUGUUCAGGUAGGUGUGCCCGUCAGAUUCGCCGCAAAGAUGUGCGAGGGUUUUAGAGGGUUGACUGUUUGUGUUGAUAUGUUCAAAAUGUUCAGGUUGGUUUGUAUAGUAAGUAAGUAUGUUCAAGAGAGAGAGAGAGAGUAGCAAAAAGGUAAAGGGUAGGUAGGCAGGUAGGUAGGGCAGAUGGGAAGUCUUGGAACGGGCAAUGGGGGUUUGUUUUGUACAGUUCGCAUGUCUUUGCAUGCUUUAGAGCUCCAUUUCAAAGACUUCCUCUUCGUCGAAAUCGUCAGCUUCCAUGAUGAAGGAAGAAGAAGAAGAUGAAUGCAUAUUAUGGGCAUCCAUCAUCAUGAAGGGUUGUCCGAACGACGGCAUAGGACGAGCAUACCGCGCCUGAGGACGGACAAGUCCAGCUGGACAGGACUGGCACUGCUGCCCACACUGCAUGGACUAGGACUGCCGUUGUUGUAAUGAACAGGGGCAGGACUUUGGCUGUCAGGACUAUUGAGUCGAUGGUCUACAAUUCGAGUGUACAUCCUCCAAGUAGCGCUCUCGUAGAAGCGCUUUUCGCAUUCUUCGCGUUCCAUGUCGAGCUCUUGGAGGCCCCAGUCCGCAUCACCCUUGGCGAUGGCAAUCGGCUGGGAUCGAGCCAUGCUCACGCCGCUUCGUGGUUGAGGAGAAGGAGACGAGACAUGGUUGAUUUUCAUGGUUGGUGUUGUUGUUGGUUUGAUGGUUUUGUUGAUGUUUGGGCUUGAUGGCGCCAAUUUUUAUGACAGCGAGUUUCUUCGGUCAGUCGCUUUUGCCUUUUUCUUGUGCUUGUCGAAACUGGUUUCUCUUGAUCGAUCGUCCAUUGACGCAUGCAAAAUCGGGGUCGACAGUUCUCAAUAGCCUUAUGUCAGCGUGGCGUUCCAAAUUCGACUUUGUCGUUCAGAUUCGGGCAGGCUUCAGAGAACCCUUAAACUGCAAGGCACCAACUAGGUCAAAUCCGAAGACUACGAGCCACCACUUAGUGAAAAGGGGCAGUUCAAUCCAGAGAACUGUAGAAUGCAUUCGGCUUGGUCGGAUGAUGCCGGAUACGAUUGUGUUAGUGUAGAAGUCUCUGUAGAAAAUUCGGACUUUUCAGGGGAUGUAGAGGAAACUUUCUGAAACGUAUGAGUGCGAACAGCUGCUCAAACCGAAUGUUGAGCGAUCGUCAGCGCUGACGAUCGAUGGUCACUGUAUGAACGUUUAUACAUCCUGAUAGUUGUGGUUUACCGUGUUUUGACUUGGUUCUCUAUGUCAUCAUGCAAAUUCGGU